AUCCUCCUUUCCUCUCAUUAUAAUAAGUUGAGUGCUCAUCACACCAUCUCUAUCUAUACUACUACAUUUGUCUUUGACUAAUACAUCUAGAGAGAGAAGCAAGAGAGAGGGAGAGAAAUGGCGAAGGUAGGGAGAAUGAAGCUGGGAUCACAAGGUCUAGAGGUGUCCAAACAGGGACUGGGAUGCAUGGGGAUGUCAUUCGGCUACGGGCCUCCAAAGCCGGAAGAAGACAUGAUCAAACUCAUCCACCACUCCAUCAACUCCGGCGUCACUUUCCUUGACACCUCCGACGUCUACGGUCCUCACACCAACGAAAUCCUCCUCGGCAAGGCACUCAAGGGAGGGAUGAGAGACAAAGUUGAAUUGGCUUCGAAAUUCGGGGCCUACUUUGCUGACGGAAAGCCAGAGAUUCGAGGUGAUCCGGGAUACGUACGGGCAGCAUGUGAGGCGAGCUUGAAGAGGCUGGACAUGGAUUGUAUCGAUCUCUAUUACCAGCAUCGGAUUGACACCCGCGUCCCCGUUGAAAUCACG